AUGAAGAUAAGAGAGGUUUAUGAAAGUGAAUCACAUAUCAAUUUAUUACUUUGUAAUGAAAUAGAAGAUGAGAAUUUUAUAAAUGGUGAUUUCGUAGUUCAAUCAAAGAUUAGUAAGCACAGUGGUGCCAUGGAGUUGUUGAGAUCGAUGUUCUUACCGGCUGGCUAUCCCGAUUCUGUUACCAGUGACUAUAUGAGUUAUCAGGUGUGGGAUACUGCACAGGCACUCUCUUCUUCUUUGAGUGGUGUUUUGGCAACACGUGCAAUGCUGCGUGGAUAUGGCGUGGGAAAUGCAGCUGCUUCAGUUGGGUCUGCUGUUCUCCAAUGGAUAUUACGUGAUGGUGCCGGAAUGAUUGGUAGAAUCUAUUUCGCUUGGAAAACAGGUCGUCAGUUGGAUUGCAAUGCAAAGACAUGGCGAUUCAUGGCCGAUAUCCUAAAUGAUAUUGGUAUGACCCUCGAAAUGUUGAGUCCACUGUCAAACGUUCUAUUCAUGCCACUCUCGGUAUGCGGUAUCGUCUCAAAGAGUAUAUGUGGUGUUGCCGGUGGUUGCACAAAGGCGUCGCUCACUAUGCACUUUGCCAAAAACGAUAAUAUGGGUGAUGUAUCGGCAAAGGAUGGCUCUCAAGAGACUGCUGUCGGUCUAGUUGGAAUGUUCUUGGGUGCUGCACUCUCCGCGUCAAUACCUGACGAGUCUGAGCAGACUACAACCGCUACCGUUGCCAUUUGGAUGCUCUUCUUUAUUCUAAUUGCAUUUCACUUGUAUUGCAACUAUCGUGCCGUCACUGGUGUAGUGUUGACUUCAAUCAACAGAUAUCGUGCUACUUUGAUCUAUAAACACUAUCUUCAAUACGGUGAGAUACCAACACCAAUUCAAGUAUCGAAAAGAGAAAACAUAUUGUUUAGAGAUGAUAAACAACCUAUCUAUCUUGGUGCAUCUCUAUUGAAUAUCAUUAACUUGAACAAACAACAACAACAACAACAACAAUCUAAAGAGAUUAGGGAAUCGAAAACCAAUAGUAUAAUACGUCAUAAGCUAGAGAAUAGAUAUAUUGACAUUUGGCAAUUCCAACAAGAAAUAUACAUAUCUUUAAAGGUACAUUGUACAGCUGUUGAUUUAAUACAAGCAUAUUUAUAUUCGGUAGCUAUUCUUCAUCAAACCAAACAGCAAAAUAAUCGGGCAUUUAUAGAUUUAGUUACAUCGAAAUCAUUUAAUGAUCGAUUGCUCUCUAAAGGUUGGAAUACAGAUAGACAAGCAUUAGACGCAGAAGGUUGGAGAUAUUCAAUUAUAAAUUAA